CCUGGGAAAACUCGGCUCUCUGAUUUCAGCAGGAUGAACAGCAGAGGAAUCUGGAGAAGAUGACAUAAGUCUCUCCUCUCUGCACUGCCAGGCUCCCCACACAUCCAACAUCAUUCCAGAGCUCAUCUAAAGAGAUCCAGUCUGUGACGUUUUUCCAGUCCUUUCCUCUGGCUCCUGCACAGCUGUAUUGGUGUUUUGUGAACUGAGGCACCAUGGGAAACAUAGUUCAAUGCUGUCACACGCUGUCAAGCUACUUUAUGUGUAAGGACACACCAGCCCGAGGCAGGGCGGAAAGAUCCCCUCUGCUGUCCAGUGAGGAGAGUGAAUGCGAGUCGCCGAGCUUGCCAGACGACCUGGAAGGCGACCUGUUGACUGUCUCCACCGGUGUGACAAACCCAGCCCUCGAACCAGAGCACUUCCUGUUUCCUGACAUCAUCCUAAGCAGCAACCUGGGAGGGGACAUGACCCUGGUGGAGCCAAUGGUGUGUCUGCUGGUGUCUGAGGAAGAAGAGGGAGGAGGUGAGGGCGUGAGGGUGGAUGAGCCAGGAGAUGAAGGACAGGAAAGGGACAACACGGGGAGAAACAGGGCGUUUUCUGAGGUUGAGACACAGACUGAAAUGGAGACACAGAUUGGUAUGGGGGUACAGACUCAGACAGAGUCACAGGCAGAAGUUCAGACACAAACAGAAAUGCUUGUGUGCAACAAUCAGACUGUAAAUACACUAACAAGCACUGGCGCUACAAAAGAGAUGGCUGUGGAUGUUGAGGAAGAACAUGAAAUACUGAAACAAGUGGAUGUGCUCUUGGAGGUACAAACAGAAACAUCACAAGAGAGACAAUGUGAGAAACAAGAUACAAGGACAUUGGGCUCUGGAACUUGGUUGGAUAUGGAAGUUUUUGUGGAGUUAGAGGAGUCAGGGAAGGUGGAAAGACGGAGAGGGAAAAACAAGUUGGCCAUCAGAGAUACAGACAAGGAAGAUGGAUGGGAAAAACUGAAAGAGAAUCACGUCACAGAACUAAAUACUGAGCUGAAAGAGGAGUUAAUCACUGAUAAAGAAAGUGUCUUUGAGUUGCAACAAAAGACUUUUGCUACUCAGGAGAAUCCAGACUUUGCCUGGACUGAGCACUGCAGUUUGCAGACACAGAAGGACGUGAAAAAUAAAGAACGAAAUAUUCAGUCAGAGUCCACUUCAGUGAUGCAGACUGAACACAAAGUAAACAACAUGGAUGAGGACACUGCUGAGAGGCUGAGAGAACGCAGCAUCAACAACUCUGAUAUCAUGGAGACCUUUGAACCCCGGGCACGACAGAGCAAUCAGGAUAAUGCAAAAACAGGAAUAAAUCUGUCUGAGGAUCAGACAGCAGAUUGCCCGGUUUUACAUGCAGAACAUAUUCAGUGCCAGGAAAACUUGGACCAACCAGAGAGGAAAGAGGGCGACAGAAAGACUGGUCUGCAGCAUAUUUGGGAGUUGGGGGCAGCUCUGCCACAGGUGGUGGAGGAGAACGGAGCUGAGAUGAAGCAGAUGACUUUGUUUUUAGUUGACAGACUGGCAGCACCACAUGUCAAAGCACCUCCAACUCUCACUGAGGAAACCCCCAAGGAUAAUCGCCUGGAGCAGUCUGAUCCUGAUAAAAGGGAACAACUUAGCAUCCGUGACAUAGUCGAGCUCCAAGAGACAGGCUUUAUCGUCAGAAUUCAACCUCCUGGAACAGAAAGUUUUGAGCUCCAGGUGUCAGGCCAGAUGCUGGUGGCAGAGCUGCACCAGGUGCUGAUGGAUCACGAGAUCACCUGCCACCGCACAUGCUUCUCCCUCCAGCUGGGAGGCGCCACGCUUGACAGCCUCACUGAGCUACACUCCAUCCAGGGCCUCCAUGAGGGAGCGCUGAUCAAGUUGGUGGAGGAUUCUUAUUCAGUGCGUGAUGCUCGUCUUCAUCUCAGACAUGUUUGUGAUCUUCUGAGGAGCCUUGACCCUGCAGAUUCAUACAAUGGAGUGAACGGCAGCUCAUUGUCUUAUCUCACCUUUUACACCAGAGGAGACAAAGAUAAUGAAAACGUGGGAAAGAGGAGAGCUUCUGAAAAGGAGUAUGUUGACUGCAGCCCUCCAGAGUACAUCCUCCCUGGAUGUAAGGACCGACCACUUACUCCACUGCAGCCCAUCAGAGAUGACUGGAAGCCAUUACAGUGCCUGCGGGUUCUGACCAUGAGCAGCUGGAACCCUCCUCCAGGGAACAGGAAGAUGCACGGGGACUUAAUGUACCUCAACGUCCUGACUAUGGAAGACAGAGAACUCAACAUCACGUCCUCCACACGUGGUUUCUACCUCAACCAGUCGACUGCCUUCAACUUCAACCCAAAACCUGCGGUUCCCAAAAUCCUUUGCCACUCUCUAGUUGAGCUGCUGAGUCAAGUCAGUCCUGCUUUCAGGAAAAACUUCAGUGCCCUGCAGAAGAAGAGAGUCCAGCAACACCCUUAUGAGCGCUUUGCAGCACCUUUUCAGGUGUUCACUUGGACAGCCCCUCAUGGAGACCACACCCUCGACUGUGUCAGAGUGGAGGAGACACACACGAGUCGCAUGGGCCAGGACAAGCACACAGCCGGGCAGAGUCGGGACUGGAAUGAGGAACUGCAGGGAUGUAGGGAGCUCCCCAGGAACUCCCUUCAGGAUCGCCUGCACAGAGAGAGGAGCAUAUUCAAGACCAGCAGUGACUUCGUUGCCGCUGCAACACGAGGUGCUGUGGCUGUAAUCGAUGGUAACGUUAUGCCGUUAAACCCAGGCGAGGCCCCUCAUAUGCAGAUGUUCAUCUGGAACAACCUCUUCUUUAGCUUUGGCUUUGACAUAUCUGAGCACUACCGCCCACUAGGGGGCAACGCUGCUGCUCAUGCUGCUGCCAUUUGCGACUUGAGAGGAGUACAGGCAUAUGCAUCUGUCGACACAGAGGGGCUUCACACACUUGGGACCAUUGUAGUGGAUUACCGUGGAAUCCGUGUUAUCGCUCAGACAAUUGUUCCUGGACUACUGGAGAAAAGUCAGGAGCAGAGUGUCAUCUAUGGCUCUAAUGACUAUGGAUCAACUGUUUUUACUCACCCCAGGUUUUUGGAGCUUCUGGAUAAAACCUGUAAACCGCUCAGGAUCCAGCGUCACCAGGUCCUCGACCAAAACAACAUUCCAGUGGAGCUUUGCUCUGGCGUUGAGACCAAAGGCAUCCUGGGUAAUGACGGACGAUCUUACAUCUUGGAUCUUCUCCGUACCUUCCCCCCUGAUCUCAACUUCCAGUUCUCAGAGACAGAGGAGGCAAAGGAUGUGCCAGAGGAGUGCCAGAGCUUUGGUUACCCACAACAACAUCAUCACAGCCUGGCCAGUCUGAGACCAGAGCUGAUAGAGGCUUUUGUCCAGCACAGGUAUGAACUUUAUGUCAAGAUGGUGGCACAGGGGCUCAGUCAACUGGAAGAACAAAGUGAAGCCACAGAGCAGAAUGAAGAUCUGGUCUGUGAGCCAGGAACCAGAGACACAACCACAGCCGGUGCUGACAUGGAAUUUCAGAGAAGAGAUUUGAUCGUGAAAGCUUGUAAGGCUGUUGGAUCAGUGAGUGAUUCUUGCUUUGACAUCCGCUUCAAUCCUGAUAUUUGCUCUCCAGGUGUUCGUUUCUCCCCUGAGUUUGCUGAGGAGGUUCAGAAGCAGAGGAAGUUGUUAUGGGAUGCAGCUGCUUUUCUGCUGUCCAAUCAGAUUCCAGCAGUGCUGAGGGACUGUCUCGACCACACAGCACUGCCGAUGGAUGGAGUGACCCUGACCUCAGUGCUACAUCAGCAUGGUGUGAAUGUACGAUACUUGGGCGCCCUGCUGAGGGAGCUGCACAGGGUGGAGGAGAGAGAGAGACUCAGCCACAUAAAGAGAAUUUGUAUCAGUGAAGUCAUCAUCAGAAGUGCAAAACACAUCUUCAGGACCUAUCUACAGGAUGUGGAACCUGCAGCUUUCUCUGCUGCCGUCAGUCACUUCUUAAACUGCCUCUUGAGUUCCUCCACCUGUGUCCUGGACUCCUGCUCAGAUGAGCUGCUCUCUCGUCGCAGGAGCCGACGUCGACGGAGCCACGGGAGUCGUGUCCCCUUGUUGACAGAUAGCAUGUGGGCUAGACUGACCCCCAGUGAGCUAUGGGGCAGGAUCAGGACUGAGGCUGGAGAUUAUUACCACUACACGAUCGACAGUGAAAAUAUAGAUGAAGUAAUAGAAAAGCACGACCUUCAGAGGAUCUCCCUACUGAGAGAGAUUGCCAUCAAGACCGGCAUCCAGGUACAACUGAGAGAGUACGUGUUUGAGUCUCGACAUAGGCCAGUGUUUGGUGAGGAGGAUGUCGUCAACAUGUUCCCUGUGGUCAAACAUCUCAAACCUACAGCAACAGAUGCCACGCAGCUUUUGCAACAAGCACAGGUGGCAGUGCAGCAGGGGCUUCUUAAAGAUGGCUAUGAAUUGAUUAGCCAGGCUCUGACUCUAUUCAGCAGUGUAUGCGGAGUCCUGCAUGAGGAUGUGUGCGUCUGUCUGCGUCUCCUGGGACGGCUCAGCUACAUCUUGGGGGAAUAUGCGGAUGCUCUCAGCCACCAGGAAAAGGCUGUUAUGAGCAGUGAGAGGGUUCUGGGUAUAGACCAUCCACAGACCAUACAAGACUAUACUUACUUGGCCCUGUACUGCUUCGCUGGAGGCCAGCAUUCGACCUCCCUGCAGCUGCUGUAUCGUGCUCGGUACCUCACCCUGCUCGUCAGUGGAGAGGACCAUCCUCAAGUCGCACUGCUGGAUAGUAUGCUGGGUCUAGUACUGCAUGCACUGAUGGAGUAUGAGCUUUCCCUGAAGUUCCUACAGAAUGCCUUAAAUUUAACCUCAAAAUAUCGCGGUGCCACAUCCUUGCGGCAUGCACACAGUCAUCAUCUGCUUGCCACAGUAUAUGAGACUAAAGGAGAGUUUCGAUCAGCUCUGCAACACGAGAAAGAGGCUUAUUCAAUAUACAAGAGCCAGGUUGGUGAGAACCAUGACAGCACGAGGGAAAGCUCAGAAUACCUGAAGAGCCUCACUCAGCAGGCUGUGGUCCUCCAGAAAGCCAUCAACCAUAUCUACAGUAACACACCCAGUGCCUGUAUUCCACCUCCAAAGUUUUCCACUCCAAGCCCACCUGCAAUCCUUCAGCAGCUCAACCUGACAUGUGGAAUCAUUCUUAUUCCCCUCAGUGCAAAAGAAGUUGCAGACCUGAGGACUGAGAUGAAGGGAAAGGAUAAGGUUCAAGUGGAAGAGCUGGAAAAUCAUUUGUUAAAGCAAAAAGACUUGAGAACUGCACACAAAGGACAACAAAACUGAACAGGCUAUUGACAAUAGAACAUUUGUGUUUUCUGAAAAUGACCGUGGACAAAGAGCAACAAUGGCAAAGGAAAGCUGGGAACAUUGCUGGUAAUAAUAAAGAGGUUAUCCUUUGGACAACAACAACUAUGUCCAAGGAACAGACAGGUGCAGACAGUUUCUUCUGCUGUUGUCUGUGAAGGACUAGACAUUGAAGGAGGCUUUCUCUUCUAUAGGUCAGCCAUGAUACAGCUCUUGUUGAAAUAUAUGGAAUCUAUGAAUGAGCUCUGGAGGCUGUAACUUUGGUGGCAAACAUGUAUAACUCUCCUCCUUUCUGUCAGAAAAAUGCAUAAACCCUGCACUCCAAAUGAAAUUAAUGACCAUACUGUUAGAUUAAUGUAAAAGCACAGUAUGUUUAGGCCAACUUCUACUGAGAAAAAUGAUAGAAUCAGCAUACUAAAAGUCCAGAUUUCUUAGAUUUUUAAAUGAUGUGCUGUUGUCUUGCAAUCCCCUGUGUGUCCACUGGGUUUCGCACUUGUGCCAUUAACACUUCUCAGAACAUAACAGAUGAUUUGUCUAUUCCUGAAUAAUAAAAUAAUCUCUAUGACUGUUGUGUGUAUAAACUGACCAUUAUACUUAACACAUUGUUGCCAUUAAUGUCCAGGUGACUGUAGAGAAACAAUAAGCAUCUGGGCAUCAUAUGUCUUAAAUAUACAAGAAGUCACAUUAGUGGUGUCUGAAGGGCUCCUUAAUCAGGAAAUCAAAGCUUUACAGUUUGGACUGGUAUUAUUAUCGACAUUUUGUUGGUCCACUGAUAUAAAAUUGCAAUUAACUGUGAACUUGGUGAAUUGCAAGUUAGCUUACAACUGUUAAUCUGAAAACCCAUACAGUUAGUGUGAAAUUAUUUUGUGUUAUUUUAUGGUUUUAUGGAGUUGCUCCAUUAUGCUUCAUGGUGUGUCAUCAUCACUACAGUCUAUCCUGUUUCUCAUUUCAAUAACAAACUAGUUUACAAUUAAAACUGUUCAAAUUCAAACUUGUUUCCAUAAUAAUAAAAACAACGCACGGUAUAUAACUUAUAAUAAGCCUACAGUGUGUUUUCCCUUUAAUUACAAGUGUGAGAGGUGCACGCUGCGCGCUCCCGCUCACCUCUACGUGCGCGCAGCCGAUAUCCAAUCGCGACCGUUAGCUGGGGCCGGGGCGAAUGCGGUGGUACCAAAGAGGAGAGAAAUCUGUGGCCGUGCCGGGUGAUGUGAAAAGUCACAAUACCACAUCAAAAACAGACUUUCCCAUCGCAUGCUCAGACCAGUCAAGGGGAUAUGAGAAUCACCAUAUGUCAGGGGGUGAUGGGCACGUCUGAUCAGUGAGUGAGAUUCGGGCAUCCUGUGAAUCCUCGUGGAGCCUUUUCCUGACGGUUGAUUGACAGCAGUACCUCCAGUUCACCUCCCUCUGCGUGGCACUCUCUACGCCACCUCCGAGUCUCAGAGAAAAACAUCGCUGAGGGAUCAGACACCUUCCCACCACACACUUCCUAGUCAGACUCCCCCAGCGCAUCGCCUCGCCCUCACCUCCCCAAGAGGGAGAGAACAGCAGCCACCAU